AUGCAACCACAAGAGCAAAUUAGCUGGAAUUUCGAUAUCUGGAACGGAAAUUUCUCCCCAAAGAUGAAGGUCUUCAUGUGGAAGAUAGUCCAAAAAGCUCUACCACUUGGAGACAACCUCCUAAGUAGAGGAAUCCCGGACAACGCCUGCUGCGUACAGUGUGGAGAGCUUGAAACUGCUGAGCAUCUAUUCCUUCACUGCCCAUUCGCCCAAAGAGUUUGGGAACUUCUCCCUCUCAAAACUCAUAUAAUCCCCUCCCUGCUGACCAGUUUCACAAACACCCUCGCGACCUCAAAAGCCAUGAUCUGCCUCCCACCCACAGGAAUUAGCCAAGGACCCAUCUUCCCGUGGCUUAUCUGGUCCAUUUGGACAGUCCGAAACUACCUAAUCUUUGAAGAAAGAACCUUCGCACCCGAAUCCACUAUUCUAAAAGCCCUAACCGAAGCAAGAGAUUGGCAAAAUGCCCAAUACGCCAUCGAACCCACCAAACCCCGGCUACGAAAGCAAAAGCCACAUGCAAUCGGAGAAUACGAUGUGACGUGCAAUCGGAGAAUACGAUGUGACGUGCUUCACAGACGGUGCUUGGAGUAUCGAUUCCGGGAUCGCCAGAUCAGGAUGGAUCUUCCUCGACAGCUCCGGCACAGAGAUAGGAGAAGGACAAUCAGCCGAAAGAUAUGUAUCGUCCUCCCUCAUGGCAGAAGCAAUCUCGAUCAGAUCUGCUCUCAACAAUGCACUCGAGAAAGGAUUCACCCAUCUGACUCUCAAAUCCGACGCUCAGGACCUCGUCCUAGCCCUAACACUACAGGAGCCUGUCAAAGAGAUCUACGGUCUUCUUUUCGACAUUAA